ACUGAAAUCGAAUCAAAGCUACCGGUUUCUUUUUCGGUUUUAUAUUCCCGCCCCUGCCGUCUGCCUCUACUUGCAUAUGCAUAAUCGAAUUGAAGAUCCUUCCUGUCCAUGAAAUCUCCAAACUCAGUUUUCACUUGCCCAACCCUGCAACUUUUUCAAAAAUGCAAAACCCUAAACACCCUCAAGCAAAUCCAUGCUCAAAUGGUAGCAAGUGGGCUUAUCCUCCACAGCUACCCUCUCAGUAGGCUUCUCCUCUUCUCCUCUACUCUGGACAUCACCUAUACUCUUUCUGUUUUUAACCAAAUACCAAACCCUUCAAUAUUCCUCUUCAACACUCUCAUUUCCUCCAUCGUCAAUCAAAAACACCAUACCCACGUUGCUUUCUCUCUCUAUCUCCGUAUCCUGUCUCACAAGUCUGUUAAACCCAAUAAUUACACCUACCCAUCUCUGUUCAAGGCUUGUGGGUUACACCCGUGGGUCCAUCAUGGCUUAGCCCUCCAUACCCAUGUGUUGAAAUUUCUCGAACCCACAUAUGAUCACUUUGUUCAGGCGUCGUUGCUGAAUUACUAUGCGAAUUAUGGCAAGUUAGGUGUGGCUAGAUAUUUGUUUGAUCAAAUUAGCAAACCUGAUUUAGCUACUUGGAAUUCUAUUCUAGCUGCUUACGCAAGUAAUACUAAUAAUACCUCUUCUUAUAAUGGCAACGUUGGUAGUGAAGAUGUUACUAGUUUGUCAGCAGAGACGUUAUAUUUGUUCAAUGAGAUGCUAAAUUCUUUAGUUACGCCUAAUGAAGUUACCCUUGUAGCUCUAAUUAGUGCUUGUGCUAACUUGGGUGCACUUGGUCAAGGUGCAUGGGCACAUGCAUAUAUACUGAAGAAUAAUCUUAGGUUGAAUCGCUAUGUGUGUACGGCUUUAAUCGCAAUGUAUUCGAAAUGUGGAUGUAUAGAAUUAGCAUAUCAAUUGUUUGAUCAAUUGUCUCAAAGGGAUAUAUUGUGUUACAAUUCGAUGAUUGGGGGUUUAGCAAUACAUGGUUAUGGGCACAGAGCACUAGACCUUUAUGAGAAAAUGAAACUUGAGGAUCUGGCCCCUGAUAAUGUAACAUUUGUUGUCACAAUGUGUGCUUGCUCGCAUGUUGGCUUAGUAGAGGAAGGCUGCAAGAUCUUUGAUUCUAUAGAAGAGGUUUAUGGUAUUGAACCUACACUUCAGCAUUAUGGAUGUGUAAUUGAUCUUCUAAGUCGAGCUGGGCGACUGAGAGAAGCCGAAGAAAAGAUGAGGAACAUGCCAAUGAAACCAAAUUCAGUAGUAUGGAGAUCUUUACUUGGAGGAGCAAGAGUUCAUGGGAAUUUGGAGAUAGGAGAGGUUGCCCUUAAGAACCUAAUGGAACUAGAACCAGAAACUAGUGGCAACUAUGUGCUUUUGUCUAAUAUGUAUGCAGGGAAUAAUAAAUGGGCAGAUGUGAAGAAAGUUAGGAAAUUGAUGAAAGAUCAAGGGAUCGUUAAAAUGCCGGGAAGCAGUUUAGUUGAGAUGGGUGGUGCCAUGCAUGAGUUCAUCACAGGAGACAAAACACACCCACUUUCAGAAGAGAUUUAUUUGAAGCUAGAAGAGAUUAAUAGAAGGUUACAAGAAUAUGGUCAUAAGCCAAGAAUCAAAGAAGUGUUAUUUGACAUAGAGGAGGAAGAGAAAGAAGGUGCUUUGUCAUACCAUAGUGAAAGGCUCGCGAUUGCAUUUGCUCUUAUAGUAGCUGAUUCUAGUGCACCUAUUCGAAUAAUAAAGAACCUUCGCAUCUGUGGUGAUUGUCAUGCAAGUACUAAGCUUAUAUCAAUGGUAUAUUGGAGAGAGAUAAUAGUAAGAGAUAGAACUAGGUUUCAUCAUUUCAAUGGUGGUACUUGUUCUUGUUUGGAUUAUUGGUAAGGCAUGAUUAAUUAUCUUGCAUAUUUGAAAUUGCUUGCCUGUGCUUUAUUGGUAAGGUUAUAGACAGAAAAGUUAUAAUUAAUGAAAUCAAAUUCAGGACAGCUACUCUAACCAGCUGAAGGCAGGUAAUUUCGUUACAAUUGCUCGUCUUUCUUUCUUUAAUUCUUUACUCUGGCGUCCUUGGAAGUCUUGUACAUUAUUGUGUUGUCCAUACUCCAUAGGUAAACUUUCGUUUUCUAGCAAAUAUCAUUUCAGAUUUUGUUUAGGUUA